CUACACUGACUGGCGACGUGUGUGCAUGAACUCGGCCCACAGCAGGAAUUCGCCGAGCAUCACAAUCAGUGAGUCGGCCUUGGCUUGCUGUCUGCGGAUCUUCUUGCGCCGCUGCUUGCGGGCAUUCUUGCUGAUGCCGGAGUCCUUCUCGUAGGUGGCCUGCAGCCGCUCUGCGAGGGUGGCGGCCUUGGCGGGCGGCACGGCGGGGUCGGGCUUCGGAUCUGACACACAGACAGACAGGGAGGCAGGGAGGGAGAGGCAGAGAGGGAGACGGGUGUGGAGUGAGUUGAUGAGUGAUUGGUUGGAUGAGUGUGUCUGUGUGUGUCUGUCUGACGACGUGUGUGCGCAGCGGGGUCAAUGAUGUAUGUCGAACUCGGCCCACAGCAGGAAUUCGCCGACCAUCACAAUCAGUGAGUCGGCCUUGGCCAUCUGCUUGCGGAUUUUCUGGCACCGCUUCUUGCGUGCAUUCUUGGUCAGGCCGGAGUCCUGCUUGUAGGUGGCCUGCAGCCGCUCUCUGAGGGCGGCGGCCUUGGGGGACGGCACGGCCUGCUCGGGCUUCGGAUCUGACAGACAGACAGACAGACAGGGAGUGAGUGAGUGAGUGAGAGGCAGAGAGGCAGAGAGGGAGACGGGUGGUGUGGAGUGAGUGGAUGAGUGGUUGGAUGGAUGAGUGUGUCUGUGUGUGUCCGACGACGUGUGCGCACCCAGUGUCUUGUCCAGGUCCCCGAUCUCCUGGAAGUGAACGUGUGCCUCUGCUGCUCCAUGAAGUCUCGGAAGAUCAGCCGCUCGCAAACAAAGAUGUCUAUGCAAUCGACGAACACGUAACCGUCGACGACCCGCCAGCCUCGCCGUCCUCCUUGCCCUGCUCGUGGAUGGUGGCGAGGCGAGGCUGCUCCUUUCCCUGCUUGGCCUUGGCUUGCUGCUUUCGGAUCUUCUUGCGCCGCUUCUUGCGGGCGUUCUUCGUCAGGCCGGAGUCAUGGUCGUAGGUGGCCUGCCGACGCUCUGUGAGGGUGGGCUCGUCCUUGGGGACGACUCGGCCUGCUCGGGCUUCAGAUCUGACACACAGACAGACAGACAGACAGACAGACAGACAGAUAGGCAGGACGUACAGUCACCUGCGAACUCACAUCGAUUUUGUUGUCAUAACCGCCGCGCUCUUGGUAGUCCUCUCACCUCACGUGGUAAUCGUCGGCCGUCUUGCCAAUCAGGUCAUCAGAUUGUCAAGAUGCGCCAAUUGCUUUCCAGAUGCGCCGCAAUUGCCGGCAUCUGGCAAAAAACACAUAUUCAUUCUGUAAGCACAUGAAUUCAAAGAUGCAGACCUGCGGAUGCCUGUGGGUAUCGACAGACCGCAGCUUCGUCAUAUGAGAUAAAAUCUCGUCUGGAUAUAAAAUGUAGGCACCGAUGCAUCUGCGACAAGAGACAUAGGAGGCACAAUUCAAUUGACUUACAUUACCGCGCUUCAUCGCGUUUCUUGCCUGCUGUCUCUGUCUGGUCUCCUUCGCUCGUUGCGUUCUUUCCGCUGCUUUCCAAGCCCGAAUGGGCACCCACUUCAUGGCCUGCACGUCAUGGACAACCACACGCAGCAACAGAGUGCAAGCAUAUCUUGUCAUGAUAGAUACGCACAAUUCCUUACCGCCGGGGCCGUGCCGCUUUUCUCGGGCCAGCCGUGGAAGCCGGCCUUGGGAGGGAUCAGUGGCUGCAAGCGGCCAGGAGGACCAGCCGUAGGCCGCGGGCCGCCACGAUGACAUGCACCUGCAGGCACAAACAAACCACAAUGAAUGCUCUCACAAUGCACUCAUGGAUGAACACACAUGCAUCCCAUCCCAUCCCAUCCCAUCCCAUCACCCACACUGUACUGUACUGUAUGUGUGUGUCCGUACCUCUGCCGGGCAAGAGAGCGGCUCCGCGCCUCUGCUGUGGGCUCCGUGCUUGGCGGCCUCCUGCUCCUGCUGCUCCUUCUCCAGCUGCUCGCGCUUGGCCUUGGCCCGCUCACGUCUGGCGGUCUUGUUCAGGGGCCACUCCUGGUUCUCGUGGCCCUUCUUCUCCUGCAGGAUGUUCCACACCGCCCAUACCCUGCACACAUAAAGCACAGACACAGCAACUUUUUCAGCCUGUGGAAGUGACAUAGAAGCCAGACAGCUCAUGAGGAAUCUGUCUUCUGCAUCGUGUGCACAGUCUCUUACUUACACUCAUCGACCAGGCCUCCCAUUCGAUCGAGCUGAUACCGACCUAAACCACAACGAAUGGGGACACACAAUGUCUAGCUGGCUAGAUGUGGCGAUAAAGUGUGUACCUUUUGUGGCCAUGUUCUUGUAGAAGCGGUUGCGAUGUAUGAGUCGACGGGCAAUCGAUUGAAGAAUGGGACUAUGGAUAUAAAAUGUAGGCAGCCAUGGGCGGGGUUGCCCUAUCGUGAACGGCCGUAACACACACCGCUGAACCUUGACACACAGAGACACACAGACACACAGCCAUGGUGUUUGUGUGUCGUUUGUGUAGCGCGAGAAGCGUACCGAGGAAGUGUUUGAUGAAGACCAGUAUGUCUCUGGUUGGCGACUUGUGGCGCGUAGUGUGUCGUGUUUUGGGUACCUACCCAUCUGUUGGACGUUGACAUCCUUGAACUGAGAGAGGCUCCUGGCGCCGAUCAGGUCGUCUUGGCUGUCCCACUUGAUGACACUGCACACCAUACAUCCACACAUCAACGUGAUCAGCAAAUCGCCUGGGCGUCCGCUCCAGCUUACGGGGGUAUCUUCCAGUCCGUCCCCUCCAGCUUCAAAUCCGUGUUGAUCACUGUUCUGAGCGGCUGGUCGAGCGACUGGACCUGCUUGGAUCCGCUAGCAGCAGCCAUCUCUGGGCCAUCCAGACCACAACCACACCCACAUCACACCAUACACGUCGUCACGAAGACACCUCCCUCCCUCCCUCACCUGGCGCCAACGCAGGUAGUGACACCUCCAAAGCCUCCUCAACACGCGACAUUAGCUGGUCAAACUCGCUCGACUGGCCGACCAAAUGCCGCAUCACCCUGAGGAACUUCUGCAGUGAGUCGGCCUCGCUGGACUGCCUGGUAAGAUAUCCCCUGAUGAUGUCGGUGCGCUCUCUGCCGAGGCAGGCUCAGCGGCGAGCACGUCCUCGAGCAGGUUCACGAGAUGCUGACGGAGGGUGAUGGGCGUGAAGGCCGCUUCGGGCAAGCGCAGCGCUGACAAGGAAAGACAAGCUGACGUGACAUGACGGUGAGGCGUACGGCUGUGCUGUGGUCGUGUGUGUUGAAUUUAACUCACCUGGUGCGGUGUGGUCGCUCCCGCCACUGGCCCCUCGAUGCGAGCAUCCCACAAUUGACGAUGGCGAUGGUGGCGCCAUAGCCCAGGCUGACGAAUUCCUCAAUGACGGCCGCGAGGGUGUUGGGAUGGUCGCGUGACAGCCCCUUGACAUUCUCUGAACACGCACAUACAGACAGUCACCAACAAACAGACAGACAGAGACACAUACAAUCUGUCUUAUGAGUGAUCGCAUUGUCUUUUCCUGCUGAUUUUUACAUCGAAUUUAAGCGGUCUUGGCCUUCGCCAUUUUUCCCAUUGUUGUAGGUGGCUGAAGGGUGGUGCUUGGCUCGCGGGCUUCUCGUCAAUAGCUGGGCCACAAUGCAUCCCAAGCAUGUGUCUCAAGACCACGAUAUGACUUGCGACCACAGCACACGACAACACAGCAAUAGACGACUGAAGAAUGGGACUAUGGAUAUAAAAUGUAGGCAGCCAUGGGGGAAGUCGCCCUAUCUUGAGCGGCCGUAACACACGCGGGCUCCUUCCUGGGCAGCCUCACACACACGACACCCAAGAAGGAGAGGUAUAUUCAUGCUGUAUACACAUGAAUCCAAAGAUGCAGACCUGCGGAUACCUCUGGGUAUGAGAUAAAAUCUCGUCUGGAUAUAAAAUGUAGGCACCGAUGCCAUCUUCUUCUUGUUGCCGGUGGCCGCUGCCUUGGUGGCCGUCUCUGUGACGGCGGCCGUGGGCGUGGGCGGCUCGUCAGCCAUCACGCCAUCGGUCGGCGACGCCGGCUGGGGGCCCUGCUCUUCCUGUCGCUGAUGCUGCUUCUGCGGGUGCUCCUGCUGUGGGUGCUGAUGCUGCUGUGGGCGGCAUCGUUGGCCGGCUGCGGGCUGUUGCGAGCGCUCUGUGACGGCGCCAUGGUGCGCUGCUCGUCGCUGCUGGCCUCCUUGUGCGGCCUGGGCGAGGGCUUCUCGCCCCCCUUGCCCAAUCCCACGUUGGUGUGCCGUCUCUGGGACUGCGGGCUUGGGGGUCGUCUCCUCCUGCUCGCCGGUGUCCUCCGGCUUCGGCCUUGGCGCAAUGUCGAUAGAAUCACGGCGAGCCGAUAGGCCGGCGGCUGUGUUGCCCACAGCAGGAACUCGGCAAGCAUCGUCAUCUCGCUAGGCAGCCGCACGCGGCGCUGCCGGCUCGGGGGUCGCCUCCUCCUCCUGGCGGGUGUCCUCCUGGGCCGUGUCAGCGUCGCCGGCCCACAACUGACGAAACACCCAAUACACACACACAACACAGAUGCGCGUGAGGUCUGUCGGUCGGUCGGUCGGUCCGUUGGUCACCUCACCUCGCACAGAGUGAGCCGAAUCCAUACAUGAACGUCUCAAAAAGGCGAACCCCCACAUCCCAAAUACAAACACAACACACAAAACACAAUCAUCUGCGUAGGGGUAUCCACUUCAUGCCCUGCACGUCAUGGACAACCACACGCAGCAACAAACAGAGUGCAAGCACAUAUUUUGUCAUGAUAGAUACGCACAAUUUCUUACCCGGGGUGCCGUCCCGUAUUGCAUCCGGGCGCCUUCUGGCUGCCGCUGCACGGCCGCAUCGCGCAGAUUGGCCACCUCCUCGUCAGGCUUAGGGGCUGGGGAGGUGGGUUCUGUGGGGGGGCGGGACGGCGGGGCAAGGGACGCCUGACAGUUGGAAGGACAUACAGAGCAGAGGUAUUCACUCGCACGGCAUCCAUAUCUGUCUCACCUCGUCUGUCGGCUCUUGCGAUGUGGGGGCAGUCUUGCCUGCCGGCAGCCCUGACGAACCCCCACAUCUUAAAUACAAACACAAACACAACACACAAAACACAAUCAUCUGCGUAGGGGUAUCCACUUCAUGCCCUGCACGUCAUGGACAACCACACGCAGCAACAGAGUGCAAGCAUAUCUUGUCAUGAUACGCACAAUUACUGACCGGGGGUGCCCUCCCACUUUUCUCCCGCAUGCCCGCAACGCCCUGGGGGUACCCUGUGGCCGUCUGCUGAGCCGCCAACCUGAUGGAUGCAU